AUGAUUUAUUACAGAGCUAGACCUCCCUCGGUCAGCAGUGUUAGGCUGACGUCGCGUUUUGUGAGAACAAGACAACCUUUCGUGGCAGGACGGAGAGCCUAUUCAAAUCCUACUCCCGCAAGCUCUGGACAACCUGGACCGUCUUCCAAAUGGCCGAUAUACUCGCUUGGAUUGACCGGAGCCGCUGCCGUUGCCUAUGGAGGUUAUAAAUAUGCAGUGGAGCCGGGCAGUCAGGUUGAGACACCGACCGACAGCGCUGGACCUGCAGGCUUUAAGAACAGCCCGGAAGAUAUGAGCUCUUUGUACGUGCAGGAAAAGAAGAGUUUGAAAAGUCCAGGCGUCUAUCUAUGGGGCUCGAAUAGCCACCGUGUCGUCGAUCCAGAGUCAAAAGAAGCUAUUGUGAAGACGCCGCGCGAGCUGUCGGACCUGAAGAUUAGUGACAAAUCUGGCGCAGCGAUCACAGAGAAAGGCGACCUGGUGCAAUGGGGCAAAGGGUUUUCGGAGAAGGACUUCAAGCCCACCAAGACCUUGUGUGGAAAGGAUCUUAUCUCCCUAACCAUGUCUGAUGACCGGAUUAUCGCUCUGUCGUCUAACGGAUCCGUCUACUCGUUGCCGGUAACGAAGAAUGACCAGCAGUCGGGGCAGAGGCUUCGCGAAGGCUCGUGGGUUCCUUUUCGGUCUGGGAGAGCCGACGUGAGUUACCGACCACUCGAGCCGGCUUUGAAAUUGGGUGAAAAGGUCACUGCGAUAAGUGGCGGCUUAGAGCACGUGUUGCUGCUGACCAACUAUGGCCGAGUUUUUUCCGCCGCUGCAGCUUCAGAGAGCUUCCCAUCUCAUGGUCAGCUGGGUAUCCCUGGCCUCACAUGGGCUAACCGGCGCAAGGAGCGAGUGGACGCCUGCUACGAGGUCGAGACCCUGAAAGGUCUCAAAGCUACACAAAUUGCUACUGGAGAUUAUCACUCCAUGAUUCUUACCAGCGACGGCCGCGUUUUUAUGUUCGGGGACAAUUCGCUUGGACAACUAGGUGUCCGGUUCAAUCCCACGCUUCCGUACGAAGACACGCCCUUCUCGUUGCCAUUGAGCAGGCUAUAUCGCGAUGGCUCCUUGUCAAAGGUAUCAAGCAUUGCUGCUGGUGGUGCAAACAGCUUUUUCACCGUGGAUGUAAAAGACAUCCCGAGCAGUGAUGAAAAACAUGCCCCCUCCAUUCGGGAAACAGCUCGUAACGCCGCGGAUACCUGGGCUUGUGGUAGAGGUAUCUGGGGUUCCCUUGGCAAUGGCAAGUGGACACAUAUCCAAGACUCUCCUGCAAGAGUCAAGUCUCUGAGCAGUCUUUUCGAGUUUGACGAACGCGCUCGAGUUCUGUCUCCGAUCCGUCUGCGCGACAUCUCUGUCGGCACAACCCAUGUCGCUGCAAUUAUGGACAACACUUCCCGCGUUGGCAACCGUUCCGAUACGUCUCUGGAGAAUGCUGGGAGCUGGGGACUUGAUAUCUUGUGGUGGGGAGGAAAUGAGUUUUUUCAACUGGGCACGGGCAAACGCAGCAAUCUUUCGAAACCAACUCAUAUUACUGUGCCUUCAGAGGCUGGGGAUAAAGAGAAACAUGAAGCCCGUCUGCAAAUCAUGCCCCGUCACAAGGGCGCAGUAGGCAAUCGAACGUUGAAGAUGGAACAGCGUGUCGAGUGUGGAAGACACCAGAAGAGAGGGCGCCGAGCGGCCGAUAAGGCCAAGAAGGAGCAAUCGAAGCGAAAGAGAGAUGAGGGUGCCGAGGACCCUGUCGCAAAACGAGUGAAGCCGAGCGCCGAAGAAACCACCGAAGAGGCUGCGGACGAGACUGCCGCCCCCGAUUAUAUUCCAUUGACCGUGGGAGAUGAAGAGAUGGUCGAGGAUGGGAACUAUGAUGGAGCCCCUUCGAAUGACAUGGUCUUCUUUGGCUUGCUUGACACUGAGGAACAAGAAUAUUUCUCCCGUGCGAACGAAAUGUUGGAAUUGAACCAGUUUGCAGACGAUGAGGAGCGGAGUUUGUUCAUCGAUAGUGUCUACCAAGAGGCUAAGGGCAAGGAAUUGAAAAUUGCUUGCAGCCAAGGAUGCUCUCGGUUGAUGGAGAAAUUGAUCUCGCUGUCCAAUGUCCGGCAGCUGCGAACGCUCUUUGGCAAGUUCAUCGGCCACUUCCAGCACCUUGUUCAACACCGAUUCGCAAGUCACUGCUGCGAGACGCUUUUCAUUCGCGCUGCACCGGCUGUUGCAGGGAAACCGUCGAAGACAAAAGGAAAGAAUUCAAACGAGGAUGGAGAUGGGGAUGGAGAGGAGCCUGAAUUGAGUCUAGCGGAAAUGUUCCUGACCGUUGUUGAAGAACUAGAAGGAAAUUGGGGAUAUCUCUUGACUGAACGGUUUGCGUCGCAUACAAUCCGAGUGCUUCUUCUUGUGUUGGCCGGUGAGCCGGUUGAUAUGUCGUCAGCGGAUUCGGUGGUGGCCAGCAAAAAGAAGGAGAGACUCGGAGUUCCUGGUGCAGAUGCACAGAAUGACAAGGAAGCCGAGAAAAAGAGAGAGGUCCCGGAAUCUUUCGAACAGACAUUGAAGAGAGUCAUGAAAGAUAUGGUUUCGGGACUCGAUGACACUUAUUUACGUGCCUUGGCUACCCACCCAGUCGGUAACCCUGUCCUUCAGGUUUUGUUAUACCUGGAACUCCGCCAUUUCGGAAAAACUAGUUUCAAGGAGUCCAGCUCUAUUACGAAAAGACUGAUCCCGGAUGAGACAUUCCAGGAGGGAUCCGAAGGAACCAAAUUUGCGCAAGGCCUCCUCUAUGACCCUGUGGGAUCCCGACUGCUAGAGACCAUCGUUCGCUGGACCCCAGGGAAACUAUUCAAGAGUUUAUACAAGAACCUCUUCCGUGACCGCAUGGCUUCGCUUGCCCGGAAUGUGACCGCUGGCUACGUUGCCAUCCGCAUCCUCGAACGGCUUGGCAAGGAUGACCUUCAGAGUGUCGUGGACGCAGUGGCCCCGGAAAUCCCAUCUCUUAUUGAGCGUUCCAGGCUCGCUGUUCCUCGGGUUCUAGUUGAGCGAUGUGCGGUCCGUGGAGUAGACACCGCACCCCUAGCAAAGGCAUUCGAGGCUGCCUAUGAUAAAGAUCCCGUCAAAAGGCUCAAUCAGAUGCUGAGGCUCGUGGCGUCUUCUCAAGACGAGAAACUCGAGUUCCAGCAGGAAAACCAGAAGGAAGGUCAGAACGGUCAAACACCAAAUGCAGCUGAGAAAUUGCAUGGUUCGCUACUUGUUCAGUCUCUUCUCACCGUUCCUGGGCCCCUCAGCGAAUUUGUCUUUUCCACUCUAUCAGCACAGCCCUCGGAAACAAUCAUCAGUCUUUCCAAGGACCCUUCUGCCUCGCGAGUCCUGCAGCAAGCAUUGACGCAACCUACCUCCUCUACUCAAUUCCGCCGGCAAUUCACCGUCCAGUUCUGCAGCCAUUUGAAGGACCUUGCCCUAGAUUCCAGCGGGUCGCAUGUGGUCGAUGCUCUCUGGACGGCGACUAAAGAUUUCUACUUUGUGAAAGAAAGAAUGGCUCAAGAGCUGCUCCAGAACGAAAUGGCCCUUCGCGACUCCUUCCUCGGCCGAGCAGUGUGGAGGAACUGGUCAAUGGAUCUCUAUAAAAGACGACCAGGAGAGUGGAAAUUCAAGGCCAAGGGGCUCGAUCAACAGCCCGAUGGUCACAGCGGCCAAGGAGAGAAGCCCAAGUCGCGACUCGAGCUUGCGAGAGCCAGUCAAAUCUGGAGGCUGCGGCUCCAGUCAGUCGCGCCGACGAAGUUCAACAGAGCAGUUGAAGAUCUCAUCAUCCCUUUCAUUCGUACCGCCGACGAAAAUCCAUUCGGUGAGACACAGCAGAAUGGUGAUUUGAAAUGCCAGGAUUCAAGGCCUGGAGCAUCCUUGGUGGAAUACAGCCGACCAGAAGAGUUACAGGACAUUCUGCAGCUUGAGUUACCAGAGAAGGGCACUCGACAAGAUGGUCUCAUCGAAGCUCUUCAGAAGAUUCUGCGGCACUCGGUCAACACCUGGCACCAGGGUUUCUUGGACAAACUUUACGCCUCUACAAAUGCACCGGGACUGGCCGCGGAGCUGAUCCUGGCGACGCUGAAUACCAACGUCCAUGUAUACCAGGUGUCUCCAGUGUUGACGAUCAUCGAGAAGUACACCGUCAAACGGCUGGCGGCUUUAUUCGGGCUUGAUGGACCGUAUGCCGGUGGAGCCUCGAUGCAAGGUGGCUCGGCUUCCAACACGACAUCCAUUGUCAUUGCGCGUAAUACCCUUUACCCGAGUACGAAACAGGACGGGAAUGGUGAUCGCCGCUUUGUGUUGUUUACAAGCGCUCACGGCCACUACAGCAUUGAAAAGGCAGCGCAGAUGCUUGGAUUCGGUUCCGGUGCCGUGUGGAGCGUCCCUGUUGACAGGCGAGGACGUUUGAUCCCCACCGAGUUGGAGAAGCUUGUCCAGAAAGCGCAGAGCGAGGGCCGAACGCCAUUCUACGUCAAUGCGACGGCGGGGACGACCGUCAUGGGCUCCUUCGACCCCUUCCACGAGAUCUCUGCCAUUUGCAAAAGGCACAAGCUCUGGCUCCACGUCGACGGGUCUUGGGGUGGUUCCUUUGCUUUCUCCCAGCGCCAGCGAGGAAAGCUCUCUGGGGCGGAAAAGGCAAACAGCAUCGCCAUCAAUCCUCAUAAGAUGCUUGGUGCUCCCAUCACCUGUUCCUUCCUCCUGGCCUCUGACAUCCGCCAAUUCCACCGCGCCAACACUCUGCCGGCAGGUUAUCUUUUCCACAGUGACGAAGACGGUUCUGUUUCGGACGCAGCCACCGAGAUAACAGCCGACUCACCACCGGAGGUGUGGGAUCUGGCGGACCUGACUCUGCAGUGCGGCCGGCGCGCGGACUCGCUAAAGCUCUUUCUUGGCUGGACCUACUACGGCACCCAAGGAUAUGAGCAACAGAUAGACUCGGCCUGCGAGGUGGCCGCCCACCUGGCGACGAUCGUCGACCAGAACCCCAAUUUUAUUCUCAUCAGCGAGAACCCGCCCCCUUGUCUCCAGGUAUGCUUCUACUACACCCCCGGCCAGCAAUUCGUGUACCCGCGCAGCGGGGUCGUUUCCAACGAACCCGAACGCGGCAGGCAGAACAGCAGAGUCGUCGAGCAGGUAACGCGUGCCAUCGUGUCUCGUGGGUUUAUGGUCGACUUUGCUCCCCCCAGCGGUGGUGACGCGGAGGCCGUCGGUAACGGCAAGUUCUUCCGCUGCGUGGUCAACAUCCUUACCUCCAAGCAGACGGUGGAGAGCCUCAUUCGUGCUAUUGAGGAGACCGGGCCCGAGGUUGUGGAGAAGUUGAAGAAAGCAGAAAGCCAUAAGCCUCGCAUCGGACGGGGAUGGAAUAGACCUGGGGAACGAGGAUAUGGACCUGUCGUACAUCAAUGCGACGCGUAG